AUGGCCUUUAGAGACGACAGCGAUGAAUCUUCCUCAUCUGACGAAGUCAUGCCCACAGCCGCCGGGUCCCUAGCCUACACACCCCCGGAACAACUUCGAUCUGGCGCUCCACUCACAGAUCCUUCCUUAGAUAUCUGGGCAUUGGGUUGUGUGCUCUAUGCCUUGCUUGAAGGUAACUUACCCUUCCAGGAUGACUUUGAACCACGGUUGAGACUCAAAAUCAUGAACGGUCAAUAUCGUCUUCCUUACUUAUUGUCAUCAAGUUGCCCACCUGGAAUGUCCCCCGCGGAUGUGCAAGAACGGAAAGAUGUUGCCGACUUGUUGAAGGGAUGCUUGGCUGUUGAUCAAAACGCGCGUUGGACCAUGGAACAGAUUGUGAAUUGUGGCUGGAUCAACUCUGACGUUCAAGCGCCACUACCUGCUUCGCAUUCUCCCUCGAUCAAGGAUACAGACUCAUCCCCUCGUCAUAACCCUGAUGAUCCUGAGGCAUUUACAAGAUCUUUUGGAAUCACACUUGACUCUCAUUUCAAUGGGGACCAUACUCCCAAGCCAGGAGUGACACAGCCAUCACUUCGAUCACCGCUCGGUCUACACCAUCCGACCCGUGUUCAUCCACAACACUCCCUGUUGAGCAGCCCAUGGGAUCCGUUGUUCGAUCUUCGCGAUUUAUUGGCUCACGUCUCAUCCAAUGCUACACCGGGCAACGAAUCUAGGUUGCCUCCGGGCGACUUGCCAUCUCCUACAUCUAUGCAAGAGAGAAGAUCGAGGUCGAUAACGAGGGAAACAAAGGAUCAACAAAGACGGACAUCUGCCACCAAUUCUGUCUCGCCUUCUUCACGAUCGCAUUCUCGUGGCGUUCGAGCUCGCUUCAUGCAUUGAGCUCUCUAUCCUACCUUGUCAUAGUUAUCCAGUGUAAGAGAGGAUUUGGAUUUUAAGAGCCUAUGACCGUUUGAUCGUAUACCCCAAGAAAAUUAGAGUGACUUCUUUCAUGUCAAAAACGAUGUAUGCCAACUGUAUACACACCCUCAUCCAUAAUAAUAUGUUUUGUCUUUGAUUCUAUUUGUAGAAUUUGUUUUGUUUUUCUUGUGUUGAUCGUCAACGAUGUUUUUCUUUUCUCUCUCUUUCUCUCUCUCUCUCUCUCUGAAUGGACAUCAUCUACUUAACUGGGACAAAACAGUCGUGAUGUUCUUGAUAUUUUCUAUUACUGAAUAAUCUGAAGAUACAUCAAUCAAGACAGAUUUGUAACUUUCUCCUGAGCUUCUUUUUCAUUUAAAUUUUAUCUUAGCGUCCUUUCUCUUUUCUCUUUUCUCUUUUCCCUUCUUUCUCUGUUUUAGAAUGCUUGGGCUUCUGUGUAUGCUCUCUUUUUUAUGACUUUGAUUUUUUUUCCUUUGUCUUUUUCGAAAUGCAACUCCAUUCAAUCAAUUAAUACACUG